CCGGACCUUGCGCCUAGUGGAUCGAACGUGAAUUCCCGGCCGCGUGCUGCUGCCGGGAUAUGCCCCGAUCGCAUAACGGCACCGUCGCUUCUCGCUCGCGCACGUCUGCGUCGUCAUCGUCCGCGCGAGGACAAAACCAUCCCUCCCGAGUGCAAACUGUCCCGUGCCCUCACAGCCGCGCUGUCGGUGAUAAUGUCCUGCGCCCAAGCGUCGUGCCGUUGCGUAUCGUCGAGUGCGUGAUCGUUUGCGUGCGCUGUGCUGUGCUGAUAGCACGCCUGGAUCGAGUGAAAACUAGUGGCGCGGAUAACGAUCAAGGCGAUCGCGUGGUGAAUCUACCGCGCUAUCACCGACCCGCACCGGAAUCGGUCCGUUGUUCUCUUCGCGAUCGCGGUGACAGUGCGUGUGUGAGCUGCGAAAUGACCGAGAACUCGAGAAUCGUUAAGGACGGGGUCGCGCCCGUCAUCGUGAAGGGAUCGGCCGCGAACGGGCACCAUCAUUCGCAGCUGAACGGUGGCCAUGUGGCGCUUGGGAAGGACGGUCGGAAGGUGAUCGCACCGUUGCUGGAGGCGGAUGGGCACGCGAUCCAUGAACCACCGGAUGGUGGCACCCGCGCGUGGCUCGUGAUGGUGGGUGCGUUCCUGUGCAAUGGUGUCCUUUUUGGGGUGAUCAACACGUACAGUGUGGUGUACCUGAGCCUGCAGAAGCAGCUCCAGCAGAGCGGUGAUAGUGAGGCGUCCAGUAAGGCGGCUUUGGUCGGUUCGCUGACGAUUGGUACAACGUUCCUGCUUUCGCCGGUGUCUGGCAUCCUGACGGACAAGAUCGGACUUCGACGAACGACUUUCAUAGGAGGACUUCUCACGUGCAGUGGCAUGUUUCUGUCGUCCUUCGUCACCCAUAGCGUGGUCGCACUGUACUUCACGUACGGCAUCAUGUUUGGGUUGGGUGCAGCUCUCGCUUAUACACCUUCACUCGCCAUCCUCGGGCAUUACUUCAAGCGGUAUCUCGGACUUGUGAACGGUAUCGUAACGGCUGGUUCUAGUGUCUUUACUGCCAUCAUGCCCGUAUGUCUCAACUACCUGGUGGAGCACACGAGUCUCGCUACUAGCUUCCGGAUCCUGGCCAUCAUUUCGAGCUUCGUCAUUUUCUGUUCGUUGCUGUACAAACCACUUCAACCACCACCACCGCCACCGAAUGUGAAACCGGGCCGUUCCGCCGUCAACAACUUCCUGCGAUCGUUCAUCAAUUUCGACAACUGGAAGAAGCGCCGGUACAUCAUUUGGGCCGUCUCGAUCCCGAUCGCACUGUUCGGGUACUUCGUACCGUACGUGCACAUGGGCAAGUUCGUGCAGGAUAACUUCCCGGGAAAAGGUGAAAAUCUACCCGUUAUGUGCAUCGGCAUCACGUCUGGGUUGGGUCGGCUUAUCUUUGGUUUCAUCGCGGAUCUACCACGUGUGAAUCGCGUACUACUGCAGCAGAUGUCGUUCGUGCUGAUCGGAACACUAACGAUGUGUCUUCCGGCUACUGGAUCUUUUCCUUUGCUGCUUGCUAUCGCGCUCGCGAUGGGAUUGUUCGAUGGAUGCUUCAUCUCACUGCUCGGUCCCAUUGCGUACGAUAUUUGUGGACCACGUGGUGCUACGCAAGCCAUCGGCUUCCUGCUCGGAAUGUGCUCGCUGCCGUUGACGCUUGGACCACCAGUUGCUGGUAUGCUGUACGAUCAGACCGGUUCAUAUAAGCUGCCGUUCAUCCUGGCCGGUAUUCCACCGCUGUUCGGUGCUAGCACAAUGUUCCUUAUCCGGUGCGUGCGGGAUGAGGAUUCUAAGCAGCAGGUUGCAGGGACGGAACCCAAGCAAGAGCCGCUAGCACACGCUGCCUGGGAUUGUGAAAACCCCACCGAUGGAAAACCACUCAACGGGCUACACCACGAGCGCCGAGCAACGCUAGCCAGUUCAGAAUCCCUUACAGCGGAAAAGAAUGAAACGGGUUAGGCUGGGUGUGUUGUGGUAGGGCAGCACCAAGGGGCCGGAAUUCGUGAGUGCGAGCGGGAAGCUCACACACGCACACGCACUAGGGUGAAGCAAGAUCGAAAAACCCACCCACAACCCCCGUGGUAGAAGGACUAGUACGCGUGCGAUUUUGUUUCAGGCGACUUAUCGGCACGUGGUGCUGCUCGAAAUGGGCAGACGGGUGCGUAUGGCGUAUGGAACGCUUCUAGCUCCUAGGGACCGGGAUAUGGUCCGUCGGUUCGUUGUUGUGUAGAUAGGGUAGUGGAUUAGACUAGAAUUCAAGAUGGCUUCAGGACAUCGGUGGAACACCACGUCCAGGCUGGGCGAUUCGACAUGGGGGUACUUUGGUUGGGGGCUCCUACGAGUAACGUGUUGUUGCUUUGUGGGACGCCGACGGAGGAUCCACCCCCCAAUGGGGAUGGUAGGGGGGGGGGGGGAUGAACGUUCGCAGGCAGCAUUUCCAGAAGAAUACACACUGUCCAGGUACAGAGCCACGCUUUUGUACAAUAUUUAUGUUUUAGUAAAUAGGAUGUUAUUCUUUAGCCGAAGUGGUAUGAGAUUUUUUUUCCUAGGAUGUAACGAAAGGUAACUAAAUGAAUUGAGUGCAGCUCGGAGUGGUACGGAGGACGAGGGAUGACUGGGGAAGGGUGAAAUAAAGCUGAAUCUUAACCU